CCUUUGAAAUGAGACAUUAAGUUGUGGGGAAAAACGACAAAACACGAAAGCGUCAACAAAACUGUAGAAAAAACCAAGGUGUUUCGGAAGGGUAAGCGUCUGCUCUUUCGUCGACGAUACUGGCCAUGUAAAUCUAGUUCAAAUCCUAAUAAUAUCACUUCCUCAGAGCGAAAGCCGCGUUAGUGACGAAAUAAUGCUCACUUCAGAACACAAUCAAAACAUGGACCUUCAUAUCACACAAAAAUAUAUAACAAUUCUCAAAUGAGAUCAUGAUUAUGACCAUAGAAUUUGUCAAAAGUGUUCACCAACUAGCAUCUCGCGAAACACUUUGUAUCAAAGUGUCCGUCAGCAGCCUAUAUAUAUAACGGAAAGCAUGAUAUUCAGAGUACGGUCUUUAGUACCGAAUGAACUACGACAAGUAUACAUCGUAAUUUGGGGCAACAGUGAUCAUCCGGAGAAUGUAGGCUUCAUGGUGGUUGAUCCAAGUUUACAAUAGCUAGUUUCCGCAUGUAAACGGGUGACAGGGAUUUUCGGGAGCUGUAGCAAAAAUAACUAGAUAAAUAGAUACAUGUAAAAUGCAAAAUUAGACUAACACAAUGCGUAUCAAGGCACCUUAUAUCUUGAUUAGAAUACAACGAAGACAACAAGCAAAAACACUUAUUUUAUAUAACAUAAAAACAUUUAUGCAGUAUGAUUUAUAUAUACCUCAAUGAGGAAUACAACUGAGGUUGUACAACGCACAAAAAAGAAGAUAAUUCAACCAUAUCAGGACUAGGAAGUACAUGUCAGAAAUCAGAUCAUAAUACUCGUUCAUAUGUCAUCGAAGGGUACUGAAGCUGCCGCAGGUUUUGCUCAAAUUCGUGAUCCGCGUGGUGGUAAUAUUGUAUAAUGGGAAGUAUUCUGUACUAUAUACAAUAACGUUUUCAUUGUUUUUCAAUUUCCCUUUUCAAUACCAAAUGAAACUCUUUCAGCGCUCACUGACGAAAAAUAUUGCCUUCCCUUAAUUUGCCGUAUCCUUUGUCGAAGAGAAAGAAAUAAUUUCCCUGCACAACCCUUAGUUUAAUCGGUAUUCGUGUUACUGCAUUAAUUCAGAAUGAACAUUAACCUAUCUAAAAUGUCUUUACAUGACUGCGUUUAUUCUGCCAUCUUAAUCACGGUUGAAUUAUUAACAUACUGUUUGUUGGGAUAUAUAUACAGGGAAAACUCGUUUAAAUAUGAGUUAAAUCACACACUCAAGAGCUGUUGCGGGGGACAAUACCAACUAAAUUGUGAGUUCAAAGUUAACGAACGAUAACGGGGCGUUCUUAAACAGCAGGAACAAAGACGACUCUAUUCACGUCAUGACGGAGGACUUAGUGUACGACGUCAUAAUUGUUGGCGCCGGGAUAGUGGGAUCGUACACCGCCUACCACGCCAAAAGGACGGGCAAGUCGACGCUUCUACUUGAACAGUUCCCACUGCCCCACAGUCGGGGGAGUUCCCACGGACAAUCUCGAACGAUUCGGAGUGCAUAUGGAGACCUUGAAUAUUAUACGCAGAUGAUGACCAAGGCGUUCCGAAUGUGGAAUGAACUUGAAGACCAGUCUCGCCAGACACUAUUCAGACAGACUGGCUUGCUAUGCAUUGGUCAAAAGGGGACGAAAUAUCUAGAUAAGACAACCGAUUGCCUCCGCAAAAACAAAACUCCCUUCCGAAGGUUAGAUUACGAAGAGUUCAAUAAAGCUUUUCCCAUGCUCUCCUAUCCUUCGGAAGUAGGUGGCGCUGUCGUCGAUUACAGUGCGGGACUUUUACUGGCCGGAAGGGCUCUUACCGCUGUACAAAACCAGUACCUGAAGUUGGGGGGAUUGCUGCAUGAUGGAGAGAAAAUGACAGAGAUAAUUCCAGGAGAGGUGAUCAAGGUGAAGACUGAGGCGAGGUUGUACCAGGCAAAGGCUGUGGUGUUGUGUGUGGGACCGUGGGCCAAGAAAGUACUCACCAAGCUAGGACUAGAUGUCCCUCUGCAGACACAGAAAAUUAAGGUGUGCUACUGGAAAGAGAAAACACCAGGCACUUUCAGUUCGCGACAUUUCCCAGUAUUUUCACAACUAAAAGCCAUUGGUCCACAUCUUGUAUACGGCGUCCCGUGUGACGAGUAUCCUGAUUUGGUCAAGGUAUGUCUACACUACGGCCCAACUGUGGAUCCGGACUAUCGGGAUACAGCUAACGAUCGCUGGGUGGAGGACGCCCUACAAAAAUACGUAAAGGAACACAUCCCCGGCCUUGAACCCUAUCCUGUGAUUACAGAGUCGUGUAUAUACACGAAUACCCCGGACGAAGACUUCGUGCUGGACCGUCACCCCUUUUAUAACAAUAUCAUCAUAGGUGCUGGGUUUUCCGGUCAUGGUUUCAAGCUUGCUCCAGUGGUUGGAGAGAUCCUAGCGACAAUGGCGGCUGGGAAGACUCCCGAACAAGAUAUGACCUACUUCUGCUUAAAUCGUUUCAAAAAAUCACAUUUAUAAUGUUAACGAUAUUUAAGGCAAACGUACAAUUAUGUUAUAAAAAAUCAAAUUAUUCUAUUUCAUUUUCUAUAAAUCGUUGAUAAAUUUUAGAAUUCUGUGGUAGAUAUUAGCCUUGGCUGAACAGAUUUUAUUAUUAUUUAUUAUUGAUAUUGACGGUUCGGAUUAUUGAUAAAAACAGUUUAUGAGA